AUCGAAACUUGCACCUCGAUUCACACAUGAUACCGUAUUGGCUAACUCACCCAUUCACAUAUACACUUCUAGGAAAAAGGGGCCUGUAGCUAAAGGUCGACUAAAACGUACCCCUAAAACGACCAAAUUGUUACAGAAUACUCGUGAUGCUGCCCUUCGUUCUGACCAUGGGACACGAGAUAAAACUUGAAAGACUAGAAGAUGGACCAGGACUUUUACCUUUCAAACUGGGACCAAUGAGACUUACAACUGACCAUCAUAUACUUUUACAAUACGUAGACCUGACCGACAUUCAGACCAAUAUCAAUUUAAUAGAAACUCAACUGACUAAUAUUAAAGACAAACUGGACAAUGAUACAUAUGCAUUAUAUGAAUUCCAGAUUGAUCACCUUGCAACUAAAUUAGAUAAAGCCACAUCCCGCUUGUUAACUUUUGAGCCUAAUCGUUCUAAAAGAGGUUUAAUAGAUGGUUUAGGCUCAGUAAUAAAAAGUAUUACAGGUAAUCUAGACUAUAAAGAUGCUUUAAAGUACGAAAACGCUAUUCAAGUUCUUAAAGAAAAUCAGAAUAAAAUGAUAUCUGAACAAAAUCGUCAUAUUAGCCUUAAUAAAGAGCUGAUGAACGAACAUACAUCUAUUUUAACGAAACUUGUUAAUAACCAGGUUCAAUUAAAUGAAAGCAUGCAUGUUCUACUUAAUUCUAACAAAUAUAGAACAUAUUCUCUGUUGAAAUUCGCUAAAUUCGGACAAGUUCUUUCAAUUAUUAAUGAUAAUUUAGAUAGUUUAUUAGAUGAGAUAAGUAGGUUAGAAAACGCAUUAGCAUUUUGCAGUGAAUCGCGCACUCAUCAUUCAAUGCUUAGUAUAGAUAUGAUAAAUAGUACUUUAGUUAGAAUUAAAACUCUAUAUAGGAGGGAUCAAAUAUUAGAUUUAGACUUUAGAAAUUAUUAUGACGUCGUAAAAUCAGGUUCAUACUUUAGUGGAAAUCGCAUAGUUUUCAUAUUUAAAUUUCCAAUAGUAUCUCCACUUACCUUUUUCCUAUACAAAUUAGUCGUAGUACCAAAUAAGUUUAAUCAGGUUAUUAUUCCUCCUUUUCCUUACCUUGCCUUAACUGGAAAUAUUCACGUGUACAUUGAGGCUGAAUGUCCGAAGGUAGAAACACAGUUUAUCUGUGAGAAAGAAAUCAAUCAUCAACUGAGAUCCACUCCAGACUGCAUCAGCAAUAUAAUCGAAGGAAAACCGACGGACACCUGCAAGAAAAUCAUCAUCAACCUGACGAGGCCAGCAAUGGAAAAAUUGGACGAUCGUCACUACGCAGUUGUAUUCUCAAACCCAACUCGAAUACGACUUACCUGUGAAAGAGAUGAACUUAACACUGUAUCCGGAAGUUUCUUAGCUACUAUACCACACAACUGUGUACUUCACACAGAUGAAUUCACCUUAGCCAAUGUUAACGACCGAAUAAGAGGACAUCCGCUAAAGAUAGCCAACUUUACUGUCAAACCUGAAGAGGAUCCUGCUAUUCCACUCUUGAAUAUUAACUCGAUAGAUUUGAAGAAACUUCAUGAAGUCCAAGAUAGAGCAAAUUCGCAAGAACCCAUCCAAAUUCAAGAAACUUCGAUAUUGUACCACACAACCAUUCCAUUCUACGGAUUGCUACUGGGAGCGCUGAUACUUACCUGCAUAUUAACAUCUCUAUCAUACUACCGUCGAACAAGAAGCAAGCCUAAGAUAGAGACAUUUCACGUCUACACUGAACCAAAGACAUCCGAAGAUCGUCAGAAGCAAGAAGCAUCCCACGAACAACUGUCAGCAACUUUUCCCUUAAACUUCAAGAAAUAUUUUUAUGUUUCGAACUCAAGACAUCAAGGUUUUAGUAAAAAAAAUAUCCAUCAAAUCAAAUCAAUGUCAUGGAAGUAUUUUUUUAUUCAUCAACGAUUGUUUAUUCGAAUUAAAAGUGAAAUACUUUUGCAGGCUGUAAAUGUUUCUAAAAUGCCGUUCUACGCUGUUGCAAAGGGCCGGGUAUCCGGAAUCUUCAAUUCUUGGCCAGACUGCGAAUCCCAAGUAAAAGGUUACUCAGGUGCACGAUACAAAAAAUUCGAUACAAUAACAGCAGCCCAGGAAUUUAUUGAUACGCACGGGGUCAACAACGCUCCAAAAACAAAGCUUUCCGAUACUAUAAGCAGUGCAAAUUUAUCCACACCAAUUCGCAAAACCUAUGGACCAUCUCAUAAAAGGCAGUUUAGUACAAGUCAGAGCUACUCUGAUGAGAAUGGGCCCAGUAAAGCAAAGAAGAAAUAUACUAAAUCUAAACAAAAUUCAGAUAAUGACGGCUUUAGCGAUGAUUCCGAUGACCUAAAUACAAUUAUAGUAAAACAAAUGGACGAUAUAGAGAAAAGAUUGCAAAGUUUUCAGAAAGGAGUCGACAAGAUCAUACAAAAAGGCACGAAAAGUGAGAGAAAGGCCAUCAUGAUCGAACCACCGACUAAUGUACGAGCUAACAAGAGUUCCAAUAAUUUUGAAACUGAUAGUGAUGGUUAUAUCCAAGUUUACACUGACGGUGCAUGCUCAUCUAAUGGCAGGAAUAGUGCUAAGGCAGGUCUAGGAGUCUACUGGGGGGAUGGACACCCAUUGAACAUUAGCGCACCAGUAUCAGGGCGUGCUACCAACAAUUGUGGAGAGAUUCAAGCCGCUACACAGGCCAUCAAACAAGCAAUUGACAAUGGAGUAGAAAAGCUUGCCAUCAACACAGACUCUAAGUUUCUCAUCAACUCUGUGACCAAAUGGAUGCCAGGUUGGAAAAGAAAAGGAUGGAAACUUAAGUCUGGCGAGCCUGUGAAAAAUGAAAAGGACUUCAAAGACUUGGACCAAAUUCAAGAUAAAAUUUACAUAAAAUGGAAUUACGUAGAAGCUCACAAAGGUAUACACGGUAACGAAAGAGCUGACCAGCUUGCUAAAGCUGGAGCCGCUAUGUACACUAAAUGAAAUAAUGCUUUUGUGUUUAAUUGUUUAUUGUGAUGUUAAUGAUGAUGAUUUUAUGUUUAUGUUGAGAUUGAUUAAACAUUGAUGAUGAUAAAUUAAAAUAUAUAAUGUGAAGGCUAAGUAACACUGUGGGCCUAAAAUGUGUGCCAAAAGAUAAAAAGAUCAAUAAAGCACUCUUUUAUCAAAACAACAGAUAUGCUCUCUCUUUUGUUACAAUAAGACAAAAAAGAGAGCAAUAUAUAGCCAAAGUUAUUUCAUUAUCUUUUAGCAAUCAUCUCAGGCUUGCGGGAAAGAUUCAUAAGUGUCAUAGAUCUGGAAGAAUGUCAUUCUCACACACACUCACAUUUGAAAGGCUCCUUUUGUACCUUUUUACCUGUAAACCUUUAAUUUAAUUUCCUUCUAGUUACUCUACUGUUCUUGUUUCUAGUAUUAUUAAGCCUGUUUUUAUUAUUUCAGUGAUGAAACUUAUUUUCUAGUCUGUUUUGUUAUACCAUACUACUAAGUCAUCUUUAGACUUAAAAUAAAUGACUUUAGAAGUUAAUCAUCAUUAUGUUUUUAUCAUUUGGCUGUACUUAUCUCUUAGAACUACUGUUUUUUUUAAUAGAAAAUAGUUCUUAUUUGUUUUGUAUUUUCCAUUCUUGUUCACAUAAUUUGUGAUUGCCUCAAAACUGAUUUAAUUUUUCUGCUGGUCAGUGUCAUGUUUUUGUUAUUAAAUGAUGAAAAAAUCAUGAAAAAUCUAAAUGCAUUUAUUAAUUUACGAAAUUGAGGUAAGUAUUAUUAAACAUUUGUAAAUGGGAAAUAUUGUAUAGGUAUAGAUCCCUCUAGUAAGUUUAACUCUUAGAUUUGUUUAAAUGAGUGCAGUGCAGUGAACAGUAUUUAGUAUUAAAAGUCACUAAAUACACUUCAAAUGCAUGCACAUUAUGUGGAUAAGAUUAUGUAAAAAGACUUCAGCCGGGCUAGCAUGGGCAAGGGAUAAAAUUUUUAUCCACCAAUUAUAUCCACUGACUAAGGAUAUAAAUCCACCCGUCAUAGCAUGGCCACAAGGGAAAGACAAAUUAAUCCCCGAUUGACAUUACGCGUGGAGAUCUUUUCCUCGACUAUGGCAUAUGGAGUGGAUAAAAUGAUAUAGUUUGGGACUUUUGACAUUUAAACGCGAUAAAUUUUUCCCUGUGAAGUUGAUGUGGGGAUAAAACUUUACUUAAAAAAACAAUUAUGUCUCGCAUAUUUUGGUCUUUAACAAUUGCUUCGCAAUAUGGG